AUGCCUGCACGACCGAACGUGGAUAAAUUGAAAUUCUGCCAAUUCCACAAAGGCCACGGGCACAACACCGAGGAUUGCAUCCACCUAAAAGAUGCCAUAGAGAUAUUAAUCAGGGAGGGACAUUGGAUGCAAUAUGCGAAGAAGCAGGAGGCCGCCAGAGAAGCUAAACCAGUCACCGAGGAAAAGACGGCGGAAGAUACGCCCGCCAUGCAAGUAGCCGUGAGCAUCACCAGGUCGGAAGACUUUUACCUCCCUGGCUGGGCCAAAUCGGCGACCACCACCUCCCCUCACAGUGCAUGGGAGAUGUUCCCCUCCGCCACGGUCAUAUCGGGUGGAGGAUUCAGCAAGCUCACUGUGGGAUCCGUAAAACGCAAAUUUGACGAACUGAUCUCAGCCAGCGCAAGCAAGGCCACCACGCUCGACCAUGCCAAAGGCAGCCCAUCCUCCAUCUCCUUUUACAAAGAGGAAUUGCUUGAUGGGGCACCCAAUGCCACCAUUCCCCUUCUCAUCCGGGCGCGCAUGGCCAAUUUUGACGUUCGACGACUAUUGGUCGAUCAGGGAAGUUUAGUUGACAUCAUGUACUCCCAACUUUUCAGAAUGCUGCAACUGAACGACAGUCACCUCACCCCUUACGUAGGAUCAGACCUACAAGGUUUCAACGGCACGGUGACAAAGCCAUGGGGAUUCGUCGAGCUCAUUGUUACGAUCGGAUUGGCGGAAACCGCGAGGGCCGUCAAAGUCCAUUUCCUGGUCAUCGACUGCCCCUCGAUAUACCAGUGCAUCCUCGGAUGCCCAACACUAGCCGAGUUAAUCGCAGUUCCCUCGACCGUGCAUAUCAAGCUUAAAUACUAUACGACCAAAGGACAAGUAGCAACACUCAAUGGGGACAUCGAAGCAGCCAGGAGGUGCUUUGAAGCUUUCGCCAAGGGCUUGAGCACGAUAAAGACAUCGGCCCAAGAUAAAACAGCAACCAGCGCAGUCUCAGAGACCAACAAAUCUACGCCCCGCAUCGACACUGUCGACCUCGACAGUCCUUUUCUGGGAGAACCCGAGCAUAUCAUCAACUCAGGCACAUCAGAAGGGAUCCCCUGA